AUGCCUCCCCCCCAAGGAGACGACGUCUUCCACGAUGCCUCCUCCAACCGAGCCACCUCUCCCCCAACCAUAAUCACCACGCGUCCCUCCACCGACACGCCCACCGAGCUCAACACCAACAACCUCCCCCCUCCCCCCUGGACCCCGCGCCCAAAAACCCCUGGCGUCCGCCGCCUGUCCCCCGGCCGCCCCGGCACCGCCAGCACCACCCACACCACCGCCACCACCAUCACCACCCUCACCACCACCACCAAAUCCUUCCUCACCACCACCCUCACCACCCUCACCUACCUCUACCAGCGCUACACCCACUUCUACGCCUCCCUCCCCCUGCACUACCAAAUCCUCGUCUCCCUCUCGGGACUCCUCAUCCUCACCCUGACCAUCCUCCUCCUCAUCUACUCGCACACCAUCCUCGUCGCGCUCGGCGCCGCCGCGCAGACCUGGCGCGCGCGCCCGCUCGGCUGGCUGCCGCUGUGGUUGGCGACAGUCGCGACGGGGUUCCCCCCCUUGAUCGGCUACUCGACGUGCGUGACGCUGGCCGGGUUCGUGUACGGGUUCCCGGCCGGGUGGCCGCUGGCGGCGAGCGCGACCGUCGUGGGCUCGGCGGGGGCGUUCGCGGCGAGUCGCGGGGUACUGAGGGGGUAUGUGCAGCGGUUGGUGGGGGCGGAUGCGAGGUUCGUGGCGCUGGGCCAGGUGCUGAGGAGGGAUGGUUUGGGGGUGUUGGUGAUGAUUAGGUUGUGUCCGUUGCCGUAUAGUUUGAGUAAUGGGUUUUUGGCGACGGUGGGGAGUUUGGGGGUCGGGCAGUUCGUGUUGGCUACGUUGGCCGCGACGCCGAAACUCCUCGUGCACGUCUUCAUCGGCUGGCAGCUCUCGCAGCUGGCCGAGCCGGGCGACAAGAUGAGCGGGGCCUCGCGUGCCAUCAACUACAUCAGCAUGGCCGCGUUUGGGCUGCUGGGUUUCAGCGUGGGGCUGUUCAUCUACCGGCGCACCAUGGCGCGGGCGGCCGAGCUGGCGCGAGAGGCCCAGCUCGAAGCGGGCGAGGCGCUCCUGGAUGGCCACGACGAGGUGGAGGAGGGCAUCACGGGCGACGAUCUGGAGAGCGGGCGCAUGGUGGAUCCGGACGAGUUGGAUGCUGCCGCGCUGAUGGAUGACGACGAUAUCUCGCUGUGGGAUGCCUCGGGAGAUGGGUAUCACGAUAGCUGGGACGACGAGCCGGCGGGCAACGGCUUUGGGUCGAAUGGGCGCGGGAAGGGAGGCAUAAACGGCGCAACGAAAUAG